CACUGACAGUAGCAAACUAUAACACCUCGAUAGUUGCAUUUGCAAUUUGAAGGUUAUGGUCGACUGUUGUGAUUUGCACGUCAGUAGCUAAAACGAAGAAGAUACAACGGACGUAAACAGUGGGUUCAGAGUAAAAUUAUCGAACUGUUGUUUUCGUAUUGAUAAGCAACUACAUGACGAGAUAAUGCUCAUAAUAUGCCUGUAUUAUGGUUAGUCUAUCAAGAAGCAUGAAUACAAACUCUGGGGGUGCAACUUUCUUCAGUGAAUCAAAUAACAUGGAUGACAGAGAAUUUUUGCAGCCCAUUUUGGAAUCCUACGGGAUAUUUAAGCCGUUGAGAACUAUACCAAUCUUCAGUUUCCAAUUGAUUGCCUCUCUGGCCAUCGAAAUUACUGCUGUAGUGUUUGCUGCACUUCAUCCACAGGAGGCAGCUAAAUGCAGAGAAUAUUUUAUUUUGAUUUAUGCCCAUGUGGGACUAUGGUUUUUAACAUUGAUUUUAGAUCAAAUUGCCAGGGCCAAACAUUACAGUUUGAGGAUGAAUGGUUACCUGGAUUUCUACAAGAAGACUCAAGUGCACCAUAGAUUGCCUUUAUACAUAGUGAGUUUAUGGAAUGCUGUUAUUCUUUUAUUGCAAGCAUUGAUGCAACACUUCUAUCCUGACAACUUCGCCGAGAAAUGUUUAGAAGGUGGUCUCCUUUCCCCAAUCAAUUACUUUUGCGCCCUUAUGACUUUUGAAUUUUGCUUAAUAUUUGGAGUUAAUAUUAAUUAUAUAUUGCGAGUGAAUACAUUCAACAAUCAAAAGCCACCACCAGAUGUACAAAGAGAGGAAUGGAAUGCUUGCUCCAGUGAUCAGGCAUUCUCGCAGGGUGAAAUUGGCUAUAGACAAUUGGGCGACAAAAUGUAUGAUUUUAUAGAGAAACAGGCCGACAUGAUUCGUCAUCUGAAAGACCACAACGCCAGAUUGGGCGAGAAACUGAUGGUUUUGAAUGCUCAGUUGCAAGCUAGGACUAGUUCUGGAAACUGAUGUUAUUACAUAUAAAAAAUAUCUUUUGAUAAUGUAACUCCCCAAGUGUGAUAUCAUAUAUAAAUAAAAUAACUAAAGUUACGAGAUUGGAAAAUAUGUUACACUAAAUAUUAACGUAGUAUAAUUCGAUG